CCAUCUUCUGGUAACGCAGUACGUGCUGCUCGGUUGCAGAAUUUUCCAAAUCAGGGAGCCCGCGCGCGCUGUCAUUUCGGGCAUUUCGUCCUAUCUGAAUGUCAACAUACAUUCCAUACUGGGUACGGCAUCCUUCUGCCAUAGUUGCACGCAUCGGGCUCAUUCAACAGACCCUGUUGGCGCCUGUCCCGUGGGUGGGCAGCCUCACCGGAACAAAUGCAAAUGCAAAUGCAACCGCAACCAACAACCAGCAACCGACGAGGACAGAAGCCGGGCAGAGAGGGGAGUCGCGGCAUAUAACGGCGCCUCACGAGCUCUGAGGCUGGUCGAUCUCGACAGGCAGGGGUCGGAAUGGACAUGAGUGAAACGUGUGGCGAUUGCGCAGAUUCCAGUGAGAGCUUAAUCGGUCCAAGACGUGAGAGAGACGUGACGCUCGGAGAAUAUAAUAUUGCAGCCGUAAUGGAGCUCGGGCGGAACGCCUGAGUCCGAAUUGCCCUUGCCUUGUGCCCGGGGAUAUCACUGCGAUGGUCUACUUCGGCGCCACGAACUCUACGCUCGGAUCGAGCAGUGCGAAAGGACGAGCGUAGGCGGAAGGCCUGGAGGGGUGCAGCAGGUGCUUAUGGAUGCUGCAGCAGCGUCGAAGGGUCGACGCCCGCAGAUUAGCACUAUAUACGAGAAUCUGGUGUUUUGUCGACACUAGCUCCCACCACUCGGCGGCGACGGCAGCUCCAUCUCCCCCUCGCUUCUCCACCUGCAAUCGUGGCGCAUCAGUGAAGUCGCGAUUCCGGUGAGGGUGGCCGUCAAUCUGGACUGGACGACAUGACGAUUGGACCCGGAGAGGAGGUGCCACGAUCUUUCACGGGACGCACAGCAGCUACUGAAGGUAGCUCCAGCAGCUUGGGGACUAUAUGUACAGCUGUAAGCGAAGCGGCACCAAGUGCUCAAUCUUGGCCAAUUCGAGCCGCGAGGGACAGGAAUGAGGCCGGGAACACGGCAGGAAUCGCUGCCGCUGUUGAAGGUGUGGAUGAGAAAGACGAAGAAGGACGCGAAGUGGCUGGGAUCAAAAGGGCGCGCUUUUCCGUGCGAUGUCACGAGGAGGACACGCCGUGGAGCAAGCUAGAGGAGGAGUUACAGGAAAAGAUAAUUUCCAGGCUACCCAUAACUUCCUUGUACCGGGCACUCAUGUCGUCGAAAGCGUGGUUAGAGAAACUGAACAGCCGCAUAUUCCAGAGAGAAAUCAGCACUGCGGCCAGCAAGUGGCCAGUUUUCUGCCCACUGCAUGUGAACAACAAGGGGCUCAUCGGCUACGACAACGACUCGCUUCAGUGGAGCAAGCUGUUCUCGUUCCAACACAUCCCCGCCGGCGCCGAUCGGCCGGCCCUUGAGCUGUGCAGCGGGGCGGGCUCGUUAAUCUGCUUUGCCAGGAACAAGACAUGCCAAAAGAAAGGCAUGAGCUGGGUCAAAGAGCUGGGCAUCAAGGAAGGGGGAAUUGCCGACAUGAAGCAGAUGGCCUUCUUCCGGCGGAAGGACUACUGGGUGCGCAAUUCCCGAAUGUCCAUGGCCUUGUUAGAGCAGGAGUUUGACAUUUACGUGACGAAUGUGCUUACCAAGCAGUGGAGGCUGCUGACGCCUCGUCCCAAAAUGCAGCGCCCUCACAUUAUACACAUGACGAGAACAAAAUCCGGAGGGUACAGCGUGAUUCUUCUCACGCGAAUAGAGCUCGAAGGUCACGUCUCGAGUUCUCUAGCCUCAGUGUGUGCGCAGAUCUACGACUCGGCCUCGGACUCGUGGACGGUGGACAGCGCCAUAACCUCGCACUUCCAGAUGAGAAACUCGCUGUUCGCUUACUCCGACAACACCAUUUACAUCAUGUGCUUGAACACUUGCAAGGCGUAUAAUCUGGAGCACAGAAAAUGGAACGACAUUCCGCUCCCGGAAGCUGCUGUAUCCGUGGCUAUGGCCCAAAUGCAUUCGGGAGUCGUCGUGUGUAACUCCAGUGUCAUGUUAGUCAUGGCGUGGAACGGUGUCUACGCUCCAGGCCAUCCCGUGAAAGCUUCCUCGAAUUCGAAGGCGAGCGCUGAGGUCGUUGUGUACAACCUGGAUCAGAGUCUGCAAGAAUUCGUACAGGUUUCGAGGGGCCCCCCCGACCUGAUGAAGGAAGCAUCGGAAGCAUACAUCGACGUGAUCGCCGGGCAUGGUGACUACAUUUACUUCGGCAGCAGAUACGUCCCGGGAAGCCCCGUUCUCAAGUACAAUAUCCGCUCGCAGCAAUGGAGCUCCUUCCCUCCUGCCUUCAAGACUGCGAGCUUUCACGACUCUCUUGAGAAUCUUCACUGGGCGAAUUUUGCAUUUCAACCAGGACUACACCCUUUUGCAGAGGUCUAGCCUGCGCGGUUUGUCGAUAGGACGUGAUAUUCGCUCGUGCCAGGGUCGCCAUGGAUCAAUGUCGGUUCUGCUCCGUAUAGAUUACCAUGAGGAUAGGAAUGUUGGUGCUUCUUCGUUCUCUGACAAGAAUAUGCCCACCGGAGUAGAUGAGGGGAUUCUUGACCUUAGAUGAGACAGCCCAGUGAUUAUUCAGAUGUAUAUUUCUGACAGAGGAGAAGUUUACGUGGCUGUUCUGGUUCUUACAAGUUUUCCCGUUCCUACAAGUUCUCGUCCCGAUAUUGGCUGGUGAUUUCAGGGCAAAAGCACUGGGUACAACAAUUUCUGUUCGGAAAGUCCGGCUUCCAUCAUCUUCCUCUACGUUGUGAUUUGCUCCAGUCUUACCGUGUGGGCCAAUUCUCUUAAAUGUCUGCUGCCUGUUCAUCUUGCAUCAAAGCUACAUCGUGCUUUUGGCGCGACAGUCCCUCGACGGGCAUUCUGACAGUCGAGCUUCCGAUUAGCCUUCGAGUUUUACGUCGACUUGAUCAAGCAGGGAGUUAAUUAGUGACAAAUAUAUCUCAUAGGCGCUUGAUCCUGGAGUUGAUAUGGAUACUUCUAGAAGACCGGGGCUUCAUAAUCGAUCGACGCCAUGGGCAACAACAUUCUUGGGUCUCCUAUAUCGCCUGGGGUCGAGGCGAAUUCUGAGUAUCUCUUCAGAUCAACCUUCACAAUCCCCACGAAGGAUCUGAUCAUGACUACACCAUGCUGUUGGUAAUACCAGUCGCGUCGCGUUCCCAUUUCAUGGACGAUCGUGAAGCUCAGAAGUCCGCGUUUGCUGUUUCCUUCAUUAGUGACAUUCACGGCCCGUCCUGAUCACCAGAAGCAUUUCUCUAUUACUUGUUUAGAUUAAUAAAUAGAUAAAUUUGGGUUACUUUAGUCGAUGGGUUGUUCUCCUCGGCGAGUAUUAAGACCUUAUGAACUAGAUAUUUGGGGGUAAGGUGGGCCCAAGACCCAUUUUUUUGCUAGCUUACUCCUGAAAUAUAGUCUCAAGAAAAAAACUAAAAUAAAAUUGGGGAUAUUGACUUGUACAGACCCCAGAACCUCAAACCGAUCCUCAAGUUUCAAAAUGUCUUGUUUGGACCACGCUCCGCUCGGGGGCAACAGUCAAGCGCAGGUCGCUUCUCAUUGUACCUGGAUAAGGCAUUUGAUGUAAUAACAAUCUUUCUCGUUUUGUAAUCUAGAUAUUAUGCAG